AGGCGGUCCCUGGGAAGAUGGCGGCGGCCGGCCCGGCUCCUGGCCCCGCGGACGAGCUGGUCUCGUCGGUGACGCUGUACCGCCGGCGGCCGCGGCUCCUCCACGGCACCGUGCUGCCCUUCGUGGCGGGGCUCUACCCGGCCUGGUUGUGGCUGUGGGGGCCGCGGGUGUGGGCAGCGUGGAGGGCAGCGGCGGAGGAGGAGGAAGCGCAGGGCCCGGGCCCGGCCCCCCCCGAGGCCGCGCUGUUGGCGUUGGCCGCUAUCGGUGUCGUUCAUCUGCUGACGGCGCUUUCGGGGCUGUGGUCGGUGCACGCGCAUUGCGCGCUCACGUGCGUUCGGGAACCCAGCCCUAAGAAAGCCACCUUGGCUAAAGUUGUGCCAACCCCCAAUAACGGAUCUGCAGAACUGGUGCCGCUCCACAGAGACCAAGAUGAGGACGGGCAGGAGGCUCUCUCCUUUGAGUUUCAGAAAAUCAAAUACUCCUAUGAGAUAAAUGGCAAGAAGCAGUUUCUUCCUGUCGCUUUCCCCGUGGAGCACCCGCUGUGUUAUUACCAGAAUGCCCGGGGCUAUCAGGAGGACAAAGAUAUCCGAGCAGCUGAGAAGAAAUAUGGCACAAAUAAGGCUGAGAUGGUGGUGCCGGAAUUCUUGGAGCUUUUUAAAGAAAGAGCUACAGCGCCGUUCUUCGUCUUCCAGGUGUUCUGUGUGGGUUUGUGGUGCCUGGAUGAGUACUGGUACUACAGCGUCUUCACCCUCUCCAUGUUGGUUGCGUUUGAGGCUUCCCUGGUCCAGCAGCAAAUGAGGAACAUGUCUGAGAUCCAAAAAAUGGGCAACAAGCCAUACAUGAUCCAGGUCUACCGAAAUCGGAAGUGGAGACCCAUUUCCAGCGAUGAGAUCAUCCCGGGGGAUAUCGUCUCCAUCGGCCGAUCCCCUCAUGAAAACCUCGUGCCAUGUGAUGUGCUGCUCCUACGUGGAAGGUGCAUUGUGGACGAAGCUAUGCUGACAGGAGAGUCUGUGCCACAGAUGAAGGAACCCGUGGAGGACCUCAGCCCAGAGCACGUGUUGGACAUGCAGACGGAUGCCCGGCUGCACAUCAUAUUUGGUGGAACGAAGGUGGUGCAGCACAUCCCACCCCAGAAAGCCAGCACGGGACUGAAACCUGUUGACAACGGAUGCGUGGCGUACGCUCUGAGGACCGGCUUCAACACAUCUCAGGGGAAAUUGCUACGUACAAUCCUCUUUGGGGUGAAGAGAGUGACAGCUAAUAACUUAGAGACCUUCAUUUUCAUCCUCUUCCUGCUGGUCUUUGCUGUUGCUGCUGCAUCGUACGUCUGGAUAGAAGGCACCAAGGAUCCCAGCAGGAAUCGCUACAAGCUUUUCCUUGAGUGUACGUUAAUACUGACGUCUGUUGUUCCACCUGAACUUCCCAUUGAGCUCUCUCUGGCCGUCAACACCUCCCUCAUCGCUUUGGCCAAACUCUAUGUGUACUGCACAGAGCCCUUCCGCAUCCCUUUUGCGGGCAAAGUGGAGGUUUGCUGCUUUGACAAAACCGGCACGCUGACCAGCGACCACCUGGUGGUGAGAGGAGUGGCUGGGCUCAGGGAUGGGAAGGAAGUGACGCCCGUCUCUGACAUUCCUAUAGAAACCCACCGAGCCAUCGCUACGUGCCACUCGCUCGUGCAGUUGGAUGAUGGGACGUUGGUGGGGGAUCCGUUGGAGAAGGCGAUGCUGAUGGCGGUGGACUGGACCCUGACCAAAGAUGAGAAAGUUUUCCCCAGAAGUAUUAAAACUCAGGGACUGAAAAUUCACCAGCGCUUUCAUUUUGCCAGUGCCCUGAAAAGAAUGUCUGUCUUGGCAUCGUACGAGAAGAUCGGCGCUGCUGAUCUCUGUUACAUUGCAGCUGUGAAAGGGGCUCCGGAGACGCUGCACAAAAUGUUAUCUCAGUGCCCAAGCAACUACAACGCUGUGCACACUGAAAUCUCGCAUGAGGGGGCACGAGUGCUGGCCCUGGGCUACAAGGAACUGGGGCACCUCACUCACCAGCAGGUGCGAGAGAUGAAGCGUGAAGCUCUAGAGUGCGACCUUCGCUUUGCUGGCUUCAUUGUGGUUUCCUGCCCUCUCAAAACGGACUCCAGGUCCGUCAUCAGGGAGAUCCAGAACGCGUCGCACCACGUAGUGAUGAUAACAGGAGACAACCCUCUGACUGCCUGCCACGUGGCCAGGGAGCUGCACUUCCUCCAGAGGGAACAUACUCUGAUUCUGCAGCCUCCUGCCAGCAAAGAUUCCACCUGGCAGUGGCAGUCCAUCAAUGGUUCCAUCGUGUUCCCCAUUUUGCCCUCCUCCCUGCGGGAGCUGACGCAGCACUACGACCUCUGUGUGACAGGAGAAGGUCUCUCUCACCUGCAGGCUCUGAACAGACAGCAGCUGCUGCGGCUCAUACCGCACAUCCAAGUGUUUGCCAGAGUGGUACCAAAGCAGAAGGAGUUUGUGAUCACUACUUUGAAGAGCCUGGGCUACGUCACGCUGAUGUGCGGGGAUGGGACCAACGAUGUCGGAGCUCUGAAACACGCGGAUGUAGGAGUGGCUUUGCUGGCCAACGCUCCCGAGAGAUUGCCCGAGAGGAAGAAGAGGCCUCGGGAUGGUCCCACUGACCUCAGGCCCACCACAGCGCCACUGGGGAGCGGGACGGUGAAGCCCACGUCACGUGGUGCCAAGCACAGAGUCAUGUCCCAGCGAGAGGAGCAGCUGGCCAUGCAGAGGGUCAGUAAUGAGACGUCAAAAAUUCCACUAGUUGUCAUCACUCUUCAUUCCUUCUUGGGUGUACUGCUGGUUCAUCCAGACUGGGGAUGGGGAAAAGCAGCUUCUUGCCUUACUAGAAUUCCCAAAGCUGUGCCGCAAGCACAGGGACGUCUCUUUGCCUUGGAAGGGAGAGGGGAGGGUAGCACUGUGAAGGCGUGCAACGUGCCCUUCUCUUCUGCCCUGCAGGAGCGGAUCAGUCAGGUGCUGAAGGAUUUGGAAGAGGACCGCGUGCCAGUGGUGAAGCUGGGUGAUGCCAGCAUUGCAGCCCCCUUCACCUCCAAGCUCUCCUCUAUCCAGUGCAUCUGCCACGUGAUCAAGCAAGGUCGCUGCACGCUCGUGACAACACUCCAGAUGUUCAAGAUCCUCGCCCUGAACGCCCUGAUCCUGGCCUACAGCCAGAGCGUCCUCUACUUGGAAGGGGUGAAGUUCAGCGACUUCCAGGCCACGCUGCAGGGGCUGCUGCUGGCUGGCUGCUUCCUUUUCAUCUCCAGGUCAAAGCCUUUGAAGACUCUGUCCAAGGAGCGCCCGCUGCCGAACAUCUUCAACCUCUACACGGUGCUGACAGUGCUGCUGCAGUUCCUGGUGCAUUUCCUCAGCCUCGUUUACCUGUACCACGGUGCCCAGGUGCGCAGUGGUUCCAACUCUGCUCUCUUUAGAAGGGAAGAGUUUGUGGAUCUGUACAAGGAGUUUGAGCCCAGCCUCGUGAACAGCACCGUGUACAUCAUGUCGAUGGCGAUGCAGAUGGCCACAUUUGCUAUCAACUACAAGGGCCAUCCCUUCAUGGAGAGCCUGCAGGAGAACAAACCGCUGCUGUGGAGUAUCAUCCUCUCAGGGUUGGCCAUCGUGGGGCUGCUCACGGGUUCGUCGCCUGAGUUCAACGAACAAUUUGGGCUGGUGGAAAUCCCUACUGAGUUCAAGAUCGUCAUCACGGAGGUGCUGCUGGCAGACUUCUUCCUUGCCUUGUUGGCAGACCGCAUCCUUCAGUUCCUGCUGGGGAGAGCAAAACUCAAAGUGCCUUCGUGAACACAGCGCCAGGGCCCUGCGGGGGGCACCCCAGAAAUCAUCCCUAUGAUUUGAGAGCAACUCUUGAGCUCCAGGGAGUUUCCUCCCAUCUCACGUGGAAAUCACCUCUGUGAAAUGACUUUUUGGUGUUCCCAGGAUGCAGCGCCCGGUGGGAGUUUUGUACUGCCCCACUCCAGGAGACGUUUACAGAAUUUGGUAACUAAAAAUCAAGCCCGAUGUAUUUUGAAA